AUGUGUAUCGAUACACGCGACGCGAACCCCGUAGAAAAGGCUGAAAGGGGACUAGAUGCCUGCUGCGCAAAAGCUUGUAAUAGGCAUACUUAUACUAUCAUACUUAUGGAUGUGCAUCGCAAACUGUUGCAAUUGUUGCAAUAUAGCGUAAUACGAGGGACACGUGCAGGCACCUUUCUGUACCCUUGGAUGAAGGAAGCCUCAUAACGAGAUCGAGAAUUAUCGCGAGCACUUUCCAACCCAUUCCGGAGUUUCCCGGUUAGACGUCCUAUCACGGUACAAUUAAAUGGUCACCGGUGCAUAGUGAUCGCAGCCGGAACCAGAAGCUCGUUAAAAGCAAAAGAAAAAAAGAAAAAAAAGAAAGAAGGCAUGCGCACGCGCACGUGCCACGGCGACCGAAGAUUUCUUACUUUUUUUUUCGUCUAUUUCAGAUCGGAAUUCGAAGGUGACAAGCAUGACCAACGCCCACAUACUUCAAGUAUCGUACCGGCUAUCGAUCAUAAUAAAUUAACGAUUCUGACGCAACGCGCUGCAUCUUUUUUAUUAUAAAUAUCAGAUGUUUGGUGUCGGGAAGCUCGGUGCGUGCUCGCGACGCGUUCGGAUACGCGAUAAAUGGGACCUCGCGUUCAGGGGCAACGUUACCGAUUUUUCUGAAAUACACUGUAGUCUGUUCAGAGUUUUCAAAAUUUUAACAAUUAUAAAAGUCUCAAUCAAGAAUGCAGGUAGUCGAUACAAGUGAAUAUGUAUUUUAAACCUGAAGUUUAGGUUUUCCUCGCUGUGCAAGACUGUAAUCUAGAAC